AUGCCCCCAAAACAGCAAAAAACCAGCAAAUCAGCGAGGAGGAGAGCAUCGGAGCCUUGGCGAAGCAAGGUGGAAAGUGCGGAAGGAGUGGAAACGGCGGAAAAUACAGGCAUCCGAAAGCAGAAUGUUCUCGACAUGUCUGGCCAGAUCCAUAUAUCAACUCCACACAAAUUGUACAUCACGAAUCGACAUCGUCGAAUCGUCCAUCCCCUUCCAUCACCUGUCGCUGGCCAGCUCACUGGACUGACCUGUCCAGAAUGCCCCCUCACGUCGACUAGUCAGCUACGAUACUGCCCGCCUCGGUUCCCAAACCCAGCAAAUAUCAACUGGAAGUGUUAUCAACCCAACUCUCACCACGCCCACGGAAAAGGAUAUGUUCGAACUCUCAAAAUCGAACACCUAAUCAAUGAAAUUCGAGCUAUCAACGCGGGAGCUCAACCACCUCCAGCUCCUGGAAGCCUCUCAGGGCUACUUAAUGUCAGCAAUGACGAACCCAAUCACUUGAAGAAAACAACUACGAGUCAACUGUGCCCAGGGUAUUUAGGGAGAACCGGGGCCACGCAUCAGUCAUCCAACAAGUCAAAUAUGAAGUGUAGCCUCCGGUUGUGUCUUUUGACAAGUAUGACUGAAUCACCGAUGAAGUGCUGCCAAAUGGUCCAACGAGUGCAUGGUUUGACAUGCAACUUCAAGGCCCACUUUUACACGGCUUUGUCUUCUGGAGAUCAACAUCGGUCAAGCCCUUCGAUCAACAACUUUGUACCAUUUCAUUCGAAUGUUUAUAAUCAAGGUCCCUCUCAACCCCUAUCUCAACCAUCGGUUUUGACUCAACGUCCCUACCAAUCCCUAGCCGUACCAAGUGGGUCACAGCAACCAAAACCGAGGCAAAUCCAGUCUGCCCAAGCCAAUCGGGCAGUGACCUCCACCCUAACACCAUCACAGCUAUCCGAAUACCAUGAAAAUCUUAAAGCAGUUGAUCUUGUAGCCAAGAGUCGGGAUGCUGCAAAAAGAGAGGCAGCACGCACGAUUUGGAUUGAGCUUUGGACUAAGCCUGGCUCUAGCACACUUAUCAAUGCAGAGGCACCCAAUUGGCCCCUUUUUUCACUCCAAGAGUGUCAAAUCAUUCUCGAUAAAUGUAGGAAAGCGACGAGCAACACAGAAGACUGGGAGUCGGAGAUUGAGUAUCCUCCAAUCCCGCGCAAAAUACUGGUCCGACUGGAAUCGAUCUCCGAUAGCAAUUGUGUGGGCCUUUCCGAAGCAAUCAUAAAGAUGACCACUGAGGGACCCUAUGAGCCACUUACAACACCGGCUCGGUGCAUCAUUACAAACUCACCAAACCCGCCAAAAAUCACCAGUUCAAGUUUGAAGUCACCUGUACCAGUACCAGCACGAGCACCGGCACCAGCACCAGCAGUCCGUAAUCAUCUUCAACUAGAUGUGGAGACGUCUACGGAACCAGCCACCCCAGAUAGUUUGCCCCUCCCUUCACCUCAAACGAUAUACUCAAAAGAAAACACGAACCGGUCCAAAGACUCCGAGAUCUCUGAUAUCGAAUGCAUAGGAUCCUCGGAUUUGCAUGUCAAGUACUUGGCCCGAUUCUAG